GCGGCUCGCAGCGUCUGUGGAAACCCAGGAGGCAGCAGAGGAGACGGCGAGAGGUGGUGAGAGGUGGGCUGCCUGACUGGGGACAGUGGCGGUACCUCGGUGAUCCCAGUCCGGGUUCUGGUGGUCGAAGGAAGAGAGGGAGCAGGAGGAGAAGGGCCUCCCUCACUCCAGCCGAAAGGAAGCGGGCGUCCCUAUCUGCCCCUGAUGGACAGGGACUGGGACCGGACGGGGUUCCGGAUCCGGGAGGCGAAGGGGCGGUCUUGAUGGAAGGAUUUAAUGGGUGAGGGGUGCUGUUGACCCUACACUGCUGUUUGGGCCUAGCAUGGUGGUCUACUUCUUGAUCCUCUUCGCUUGGGGCCCACAGGCCGCCCCAGCCUCCCAAGGGGUAGCUCCUACUUGCUGCGCGUGUUAUUCCUUCCCCUAUAUGUAUAAAUAUACAUAUUUAUAAUAUAAUAUAUUUAAUAUAUAUUUAUAAUAUAUAUAUUAAAUAUAUAUUUAUAAUAUAAUAUAUUUUUUAUAUAUGACUAAAUUUUCAACUUUUUAAAUUUUAAUUGCCUCUUACUUAAGUGGAAAAAUGAGAAACGGCACCUUCUUCUUCCCUCCUUCUCCCUCCCCCCUGCCCCAGUCCAGCCACCCUUCUGUAGAGGAUAUUACUCUAAAAUCGGCAUCUGCAAUUUACAUUUGUAGCCUUUGACCUGGAACUAUCCAACCAGGCAUUAAUUUCACUUCUUAAAUUUAUUUAUCCAAGUUUUGGGAAUAUAGUCUGUGACAAAAUUCAAGCCACAAGCUGUUCAGGGCAGCAUUAUUUACAAUUACCAACCAAAGCUAAAAAGAAACUAGUAAUAGCCUAAAUUCCCAACCACACAAUGAUAAGAUUAUAUAAGUAUAUGGAAAACUGUAAAUAAUAGAGUGAGAGUGCAAGAAGUAUACUGUAAAAAUGUAAUGAACAUAUAGAUUAUAACUGAGUGAGACUAUAUAUCCAUAAUCACUGAAAUUUAAGGGGUGCCUGGGUGGCUCAGUCUUGAAUGUCCCAAAGGUCAUGAUCCACUCAGGUCAUGAUCCCAGGGUCAUGGAAUGAAGCCCAGCACUGGGUUCUGUGUUGAGCGUGGAACCUGCUUAAGAUUCUCUCUCUCUCUCUCUCUCUCUCUCUCUCUCUCUCUCUCUUUCUCUCUCUCUCUCUCUCUUUCUCUCUCUCUCUCUCUCUCUCUCCCUCUCCCCUCCAUCUCUCCCUUUCUCAAAAAAAAAAAAGUUAUUGAAAUUUGAAAAGGUGACACAGAGAUGUAAAUGGUUGUUGUAUUAAGGUGACGGUUAUUUUUCCCCUGUAUAUCCUUUAUGUAUUAAGAAUCAUACUCCCUCCCACAGAAAAAGAUCAGUAAGGCCUCCAUACUUGUACUUAACUGUUUAUACAGUAGAUAGAGUGGGAGACUUUUUUUAUUUAUUUAUUUUGAGAGAGAGACAGAGACAGAGAGAAAGAGAAUGUGAGCAGGAGAGAGGCAGAGAGGGAGAGAGAGAAUCACAAUGAGGCUCUAUGCUAACCACUUGGGUCUUGAUCUCACUGAUGGUGAGAUCAUUACCUGAGCCAAAAUCAGGAGUCAGACCCUUAACCAACUGAACCACCCAGGUGCCCCUAGAAUGGGAGACUUUUUGUUCAUUGCUCACUGUUUGUAUCUGUUCCAGCUUCCUUUCAGCUGAGGCAUGAUACUCUGCCAUCCUUCUAAAAUUUCUUUGCAGCUUUCAAAUGCAAGAACCACUUGGCCACAACAGUAGGGCCUUGAAUGUGGAGCUUUCCCAAGGGAGUUGGCUCUAAAUUAACAUUUCAUGACACGUACAGAGUUACUCUGCUCCUCUUGUGUGAUGAGUUGCCCUGAAUCCAGGAGAGGUGGCACAUUAAUAAGAGGCAGGAAAGGGUGAUAGUGAUCUAGGGGGGCCUCAGAUCAGAUCAUGAGUAAUGGUCUCUGUUCUGAUGUACCGUAGUCUCCCCUUAUCUGCAGUUUUGCUUUUCAUGGUUUCUCUUACGUGCAGUCAACUGGGGCGUGGACGCAGAUGAUCCUUUUCCUGAUGUUAGAAGGUGCCUAUUGGAAUUUAUAUUCAUCCACCUUUUUUUAAUGUAAGGAGGGAAAAUGACUGCUGGUUCAGUGUGUGUCCCUCAGAUCAUACCACUGCGAGUGCCUCCACCUGGAAAAGCCAACCAUGAAAUUGAUAACAAUACACUUUUAGAAAUGAAAUCAGACACCCCAGAUGUCAACAUAUAUUAUACGCUGGAUGGCAGCAAACCUGAAUUUCUGAAGAGAAUCGGUUAUCGUGAAAACAAUACAUUUAAGUAUACGAAGCCUAUUACUCUGCCUGAUGGAAAAAUACAAGUUAAAGCUAUUGCAGUCUCUAAGGACUGCAGACAGAGUGGCAUUGUAACAAAGGUGUUUCAGGUGGGCUAUGAGCCACCAAAUGCAGUGUCUUCUGAAGACAAUGUUGAAAAUAUUCUCAAAGAUUCUUCAAAGCAGGAAUUGAAAAAUGGGUUUGUUGGGUCAAAACUACGGAAGAAAUGUAAGAAUGCUGAAAAUAAACAGGGUUGGAACGUUAAUCUUAGAAAGUCUCCAAGUAUGACAUGGCAGGACGAAGACCUUGAGGUAGGUGAAAGAACUGACUCUAAAACAUGGAAAGAUCUUCGUUUCUCAGAGAGUCCACUGGAAAUCCCACCUUACCAUGAAGAAUCAGGUUCUAGACCACCCACCCGCCAGUCUCAGUUCCCUAGUUUUGCACACAUAACUGGCCAGAAGAGUUUGACAAGCACAGAGAUCAUGAGAAUUCAAAGACAGACAGACUUUCUCAAGUGUGCCCACUGCCUGGCCCCCCGCCCAUCUGACCCCUUUGCUCGCUUCUGUCAAGAAUGCGGCUCUCCUGUCCCGCCCAUAUUUGGCUGUCGUCUCCCACCCCCAGAAGGAGCUCAGAUGGGCUUAUGUGCAGAGUGUGGAAACAUGGUGCCCAUGAACACUCCCAUCUGUGUGGUGUGUGAGGCCUCUCUUACUCUACAGCUGCAGCCACAGGCCAGCCUCCGCUUGAAGGAGAAAAUAAUCUGCCGCACCUGUGGCACAGGGAAUCCAGCUCACCUGAAAUACUGUGUCACCUGUGAGGGAGCCCUGCUGUCAUCACAGGAGAGGGGGAUUGCAGAAUCUAGUAUUGAUCUGCCUAUUGAUAAAUGCCAUUGCAUUCAGCAGCCCAUGCUCAGUGGAGAUAAAGCCCCACCUCCCCCCACUCAGAAAGGGGAGACCAUUUCCUGUUCCAAGUGUGGUCGCAGGAAUCGCCCGGAAGCUUGCUUCUGUGACUGGUGUGGAGCCACGCCAGGCAUUUCUGCCUGCUACUCUGUUUGCCCCAAAUGUGGGGCCAGCAAUCACCCAUCUGCCCGAUUCUGUGGUUCCUGUGGUAUUUAUGUGAAGUCCUUGGCAAGACUUAGCAUGGAUAACAGCCUGGCUCUUGCCGCUGGAGAACUUCGCCCUUUUGCUGAGCCCCGAUCUGCCUGGCAGUCCCUAAAUGUUCCUUUGCUCAGACCUGAGGCUGGGACUCGGAAGGACGUGGGCACACAGACUACUGGCCUGUUCUACCCAUCUGGUGCACUACUAGCCAAAAAGGAACUGGAAAUGGCUUCUCAAAAGCAGAGGCAGGAGAAAAUGAGUGACCAUAAACCUCUCCUCACAGCUGUCAGCCCAGGAAGAGGGUACUGGAGAAAACAGUUGGAUCAUAUCUCUGCUCACCUCAGGUCUUAUGCUCAGAACAACCCUGAGUUCAGGGCUUUGAUUGCAGAACCCAGAAUGGGAAAGCUUAUCUCUGCUACUGUCCAUGAAGAUGGCUAUGAAGUUAGCAUCCAGCUGAAUUACAUUCAAGUAUCAAACAAGGUGAGGAACCUGAGGUUCAGAGAAAUUAAGCAACUUGCUUCUUCCAAGGUCCCUAAACUAAACCUUUACCUCAGCAAGGCUGUGGAUUUCAGCAGCCACUUCCUGAGCAGUGUCACUGAGGGUGGUAAUGGGCCAUUUGGCAGCAGGUCCAGCCUGGUGAGCAACUACAGCCAGAGCACCUCCGAUACCACUGAAAACGUCAAGAGGACAAAGAAUUUCAAGACCAAAACAUUUCAAGAAAAGGAGCAGCUCACACCUGAAAACAGGCUCCUGCUGAAGGAAGUGGGACCGACAGGGGAAGGAAGAGUCUCUGUGAUUGAACAGCUGCUCGAUGAGGGAGCAGAUCCCAACUGCAGGGACAGUGAGGAGCGACCCCUUAUAACCAUGGCUGUUGUGAAUAAGCACCACGAAGCAAUUCCGGUUCUUGUGCAGAGAGGAGCAGACACUGAGCAGCGGUGGGGACCGCUCCGAAAUACAGCUCUUCAUGAAGCGACCCUCCUUGGCCUGGCGGGAAGGGAGUGCAUCGCUGCUUUACUGCGAUGCAAUGCAGGCAUCCAAAAGAAGAACACGAAUGGCCAGACGGCAUAUGACCUGGCUCUGAAAACUGGGGAUGAGGUCAUCACCUCACUCUUUGCUGCUAAGCUCGGCCUGGAUGACUCUUAGACCCAAGAGCCUGCGCGGGACCUGAUUUCAAGAAACCAUCCAGCUCUAGCUGUUCUUUGUUUCUUUCUGAGAUGUGUUAUUUGUGGUUUGGAAAUUGAGGUUGAGAGGAACGCAUAAGAUUUUUUUUUUUUUUUUUAAUAUGACAGUGUAAGCCACCAUGUGGGCAUUUCCCAAUAUGCUCUGGAUGGUGACGAAUUUAACCUAUGUUUUUUAAAGGGUCUGUUGCUGCUUAUUUUGGAAUUUUCUUUAAAAUUUAUUUUUCAAUAGAUAAUUGCACAUGGUUCAAAGCUAAACAGUAUGAAGUGUUAAGUAGUAAAAACUCUGCCAUCCCUGUCCCACAGCCACCCACGUCCCCUCCUCAGAGGCUCCAAUGAUACCAGUGUCAUCUGCGUCUUUCCAGAAAUAGUAGAGGAUUAUAUAAGCACAUGUGCGUAAUAUAUGCAUAUGUACAUAUAGGGUAUGUAUAAAAUACAAAUACAGAGAACAGAUAUAUUCUUUCUUCUCUUUUAAGACAAGUACUAGCAAACUACACACCCGUCUGAUGUUUUACAUCUUGUUCUGUUCCUUAAUAUCUCUUGUAGGUGGUUCCAAAUGAGUACAUUAAGAUUAACUUUAUUUAAAGACUUUCAUUUCUAAUGUGAAAUAUUCCUAUUGUUGUGGUUUGUUCUCCGGUUGACAAACAAGCUUUGAAUAAGCCCAUGUGCAGGAGUGUGCAAUUUUGACUCACUCAUUUUUUCAGACUGUUAUUUCAGUCUUUGGGUGAUAAUGCUGCAAUCGUGGAGUCCCUAAAUAGUUCCUGUUAAACUAUGUUGACAGAGUAUCUGUUAGUUUAGAAUGAGUAAUUCAGCACAAUAAAUAAUAGACCUGGUUGA